AUGCACUUCUCCGCCCCAGUCACUCUUCUUGCUGCCUUCUGCACUUUGGCUACAGCUAUGCCAGCAGCCAUCUCAGCUACCGAGACAGCACCGGUCAUUACAGCAACAAUAUCCCCUCAUAGGAUAACCCCCGACGCCAACCAGGCAAGCGUCAACGCCUACUCUGGAAGUUCUUGCGACGGAACCUCAACUUCAUUCAACGUCGUUGGCUCUGGAGCAUAUUCAUGUACUCCUGUUACCAAUGUGCGCUCCAUUGAAGUCUCAGAGAACCGAUGCGCAACUUACGUCUGGUCUGGAAACAACUGUGAAGGAAGCAGCACUCACAUUACCGGCAAUUCAUGCUUCAGCGUUCUCUUCGCUUCAGUCUCUGUUCAAUGCUAG